CUGAAGUGUUGCGUAAAAUACAAGUGGGCCCUUGCUCACAAUAUAUCUAAAUAACAAUGGCUAAAAGUACUGAAUGGCCACUGACGGUACAAACAAUUAGCUUAGCAGACCUACAGCCCCCUCUACCCCCAACCCCCUAAAAAUGAGCACCUUCUCCUAAGUUACAAUCAGUGAACCCGCCAUAUAUUCUACACGUGACAAAUGCCGAUAAUUGUGCCAUAGUUAUGAUUGGUUAAUACCAUAGCAUCUUUCUCGAUUGGUCAGUUGUUGAUUGAAUCUUUCAUCAUAUGAUAUUCAAACGAUAUUGUGUGAUAUAUAGUAUAGUAUUGUGUCAUUUUCACUUCAAUACCUUAUCAUGUAAAGUCUUCGUGGCUACAAUCUCACGAAUGGCAAUCUCUCUUAGGGUGACAUUGGAACUUGUUGCAAAGGAAAAGCACAGCGGUAAAACCAUCGACGCAAAGAAAGCGAUAGAUGCCAUCAAACAAAAAGAUGUACGAGACAAAUUGGCUAAAAGCAAAAUUGAAAUCGAAUACGUUGAUCUAGCGUACGUGGAUAGGAACACUGGCGAAAUAGAAGACGAUGAGACUAAUGUUGCUGUUGUUGUAGCCGUCGUUUGCGUAGUGGCAUUUAUUGCUGUUGCUGCUGUUGCUGCAUUUAUUGUCCUCAAAAGACGCAACCAGGGCAACUUGAAUACCAACUUGACAAUGACAGAACGAAUUGCCCAAAGAGGAAAUAGCAAAGAAGAUUUGCUCAGAUCUGAUAUUAUGAUGAGCAAUAUCGAUCAAGUCGGGAUGAAGAACAUGGCCUACUCCGGUGAUGUUGAUUAUCGAGCUAGUCACGUGCCCAUUGACGAAUCAUUCAUGAUUGAUGUCUCAGGAAAGAUGAAAAAUGGAGGCGAAACGAAAAAACCCGAGCAGUACGAGUCGCUACCCUGGUACAAAGGUCAAAUGACAGAAAAACAAGUUGAAUGUUCAUUUGAACUGUGCAAUAAGAGUGGAUCCUAUUUGGCCUACAAAACAGAAGACGACCAGCUUAGAUUAGGGAUUAAAACAGUGGAGGAUAGCGAACACGGGGUUCUCCACCUUGGGGUAGAUAGAACACCCAAUGGAGCUUUCAUGGUUAGAUAUGGUAACAACGAUCCUAUCACACGAGAUUCGUUGCUCGACGUCAUCGAGCACUACCAAGUGGUCCCUCUUAGUCUCGGUGAUGGGACCCCUGAGAUAGUUCUGACGGAACCAUGGUUGCGAAGCUCUUUGUAGAACCAGUGUUGUAUCAGCUUUUUACAUUAAGGAAGAGCAAUUAAUGACACUUAAAUAAUUCACUUAUUAAUUCGUUUCUGUAGAGUUGAUCUCGUUGUUUUGGUUACGUCAUUUACGAUUGUAUAACAUGAUUGAUAGCAAUCGCUGUAAUAGGCUCGUGAGGGGUACGAUUAGUAGGAUGUUGUUGUGGUUGUCAUGCUUAUAGAUUCGCAUUAACUAGCUAGGCACUAUAUUCUAAAGAUAUAUGACCGCCAAGAAACUCCUUACUGCCAUAAAGUAAUCCGAUUCAAAUGGAUUUCUAUCGUGUUUUUUCGCAGAUUUCGUGAUGAGCAGCGUAACCCCUCUUAUAUUUCUGCCUUGGAGCUUGAAUGGAAUCGAUUAAUGGCUCCGUUUCACCAAACACUUACAGAUGUAAGUAGGCCAAGAGUUCUGGACAUAAUAGGCUAAGCCAGUGGUAUUAAAUGUUUCUGUGUGUAAUUUCAUUUUUCUUUAUUAAUGUAACAAACGCUUCUUGAUAAUUUCAAAGCACCAUCCCUUUCAUAAUUCUAGCGAGAUAUUACCUUGUUACUUGCUAUAAGAAUUGCAUAUUAUAAAUCCGAUUGAUGAAGUUACAAUUUAAUUGGAUUUGCCUUGUCCAGCAAAGUAUGCGUAAUGUAGCAAGCUCGAUUUGUGCAAUCUGGUCUUGAAAUGUCUAUGAAAAAUGUGCGAAAAACUAAAUUUUCUUCCUCUGUUGAAAACCGGUGUGAAUUAACUUGCAUAAGUAGUAAAUUAUGCCUUGGAAAAAACCUGCUGUGAUUUUUCAGAAGUGGCGCUUCCUAUCAACUGGCUCUCUGAGGUUUGAGAACUGAGACCUAAAAAUACAGUAUAGGCAAGAUCGAAUUGUGAUCGAAUAAAUCGAAAAACAAUAACCUAACAUUUUAAGGCUGGCUGUGUUGAGUCCUAGACAUGUCCUUUUGAAUCCCCGCCCCCCAAUUUAGAGAACUUUUUAGAUGUUUCUUUUAUGAUCCUGCAUGUUUCAAGAUCGAUUUACGCUUUUCUAACAUUCGUGCCCUCGCUAUCGCCGUAAGGUUGUCAACCCCAAACAUUGAAUAUUGUUAAACUACCUUUCAUCUUUUUCAUGUUGAGAUAAAUAUUUAUCAGUUGUGAAUUUACAAUUGACUAUUUAGGGCUAGACCCGUAAUUUCCUUGUAAAUUAAUUGGAAUUAGAAAUGUAAAUGUAUUUAGAUAAAAAAAUAAAUUUUCUCGUAUACCGUUGCAGCAUUCGUAUUGUAGACCACAGUUUCGCCUAUUGAAGAAGAUGAUUAUUUCAACCUAGUGCUAUCAGAACAAACCUUUAUGCACUUUAGGCCUUUGGUAGUCUAGAAGACUCCACUUAAAGUUUAUGUGAUUUUCAAAUGGUAAAGGAGUUGAGACAUCGAUAGAACAUUCAUCCGCAGUUGACACAUACCCUUCUAAGACUAGCUUUUCUAUUUUAAAGAAGCAGUAAUUUUAAAGUCAACCACGACGUUACAAAGUGAGCAAAAUUAAGUCGAAAAGUAGCUGUUGUUUAAAGAGGCUGCAUAUUACAGCAAUAUUAGAAUCGUCUAUUGACUGUUAGUGUGAGUAAAAAUUCGCAUACAUUCUUUCGUGUCGGAUGUAAUAUUCAAUUUAUUUGUGAAUCACUUCUUUAAGAUUUAUUAAAUGAAGUUCAAUUCUUUCA